AUCUCCUCAUUUGGCACUUCAUCUCCACAAUGGAUUGGCUACCAAGUCGUCGCAGGGGUUGGCAUUGGGCUCGGUCUUCAGAUACCCAUCAGCGCCUCUCAGGCUAUGGUUGACGUGAAGGACGUUGCUCCUGUUACGGCUAUGGCCUUCUUCUUCCAGACGAUCGGAGGCGCGUUCUUCAUUUCUGCUGCUCAGGCUAUCUUCGCCAACCGUCUGCUUGCCGUUCUGCCCAGUUCAGCGCCGAGUAUUGAUCCGGCUUUGGUUCUCGCCAUAAGGGCAAGCGAGCUCAGAAACGUAUUCCCUCAAGAGGUACUACCAGGCAUCCUCAGGGUAUACAUGGAUGGUCUCAAAGCAGCGUUUGCCUUUGCUAUCCCCCUGUUGGGCCUCGCCGCCUUGCUCAGUAUUUUUGUCGAAUGGAAGAGUGUCAAG